GGGAGGGUUUUCCCAAGACUGAUCGCCAGUUCCCUGCACCUCUCUGAAUGACUUCGAACAUCGGGCAGGCUGGGACAAGGAGCUUGAUGCUGAGGCAAUAUUGUUGAUUUUAUUCAAACAUAGUUGCGUCGAUCUUUGUUUUUGGUUUCUAAAGACAUGUUGUAUCCAAACCCAGAAGACCUUUUUCUUCCAACCCCCAUGGACCAACAGUUCCGGGAGGUAGCACCGGACCUCCGGGAGGUCGGACCUGUUGGGGAAGUCACGAGGCCUUGAACAAUGCCCUCGCAAGGGCUGAACUUGCUGAAAUGAUACACUCCAGUCGAGUUCUUUUUGGAGGGUUCUUUAAUCUCCAGUCAAAAAGAUGCGGCUGUCCUCCAUGGGUUCUCGCGGAUUCGGCACCUGGGCAUGCUCGUUUCACUUCACUGCGCGUGGCUCGCGAAACGCGCGCGGCGUGGAACGGACGAGCCCGGUCGACCAUGGCUCAAACAUCGGUCGAGGGAUUCCAUCGUCAGUCCGAGAGCACAGAACCAUCACCGCCCGCUGUGCGGAAGCUCAAUGGCCAAGUACGCACAGAACACCACCUGCGGACACACCUGCCCUUGGGGCACUGGCGAUAUCAGCGCGUAGCCUUCGACCACGAGAAAUGGCCAUGGUUGACAACUUGCCUCCUGACAGCUUCACUCAAGCAGCUCAGAAGGCGGCGGCCAAGCGUCGUGAGGUUCAGGAGAAGGACAUCAGGGAAGUCGAGGCCAGUCCAAAGCCAUCGGGGAGGGACACCGGCAGGGCUUUGGAAGAGAAGAAGGUUCGUGUGGAGCCCGAGGAUGGAGCUUGGAGCCCCUCCCAGCUGAGGCCGACCAGCGCCCGCUCCGCCGCCGCGCGCUCCAACGCGCACCCCAGUGCGCGCAGCACCGCCUCGCAAAAGGCCAAGAAGGUGGAAACCGAGAUGGAAAGCAAGGUCAUGGACCUUAUCAACCAAUGCCUCGACAAGAAAGUGCUGGAAUUGCGGCAGUUGACCACGACUUCCCCGCCGAACGACGGUGCUGCCAGCAGUGUUGUGAAGACCGCCCGAUCCAGUGCCACUGGCUUCACCACUGAACGCUCUGUCAAGUCCUGUGGCACAGAGCAGUCCGCCUUGCCAGAAGCGGACGACGUGCACGUGACGAUGGCCAACAAGCGAGCACAAAUCAAGAAACUCUCAGAUGCCUCUUUGGGACAGUUCGACGCCGACCAGUCGCGAGAGGCCUACCUGGAGAUGCAGAAGAGCGCGGCUGCCGCGCGGAACAAGAACCGCUCGGCGCUCACCUUCGACUAUGCUCCGUCAGCGCGGAGUGCCAAGGCUGCGCCAAAGGUUGCCCCCAAGGCUGCGCCGAAGAAAGCGAAGGCAGCGGAGGAGAAGAAGGGCUAUGAGGCGUUGGAGCGUUAUCCAGCUUUGCUGAAGGAGAUCCAGGACCUGUCGGCUUCCAAACAUGAUGCCCCCCAAGGACUCACCAGCAAUGGCAAGCAAAAACAGGCCAUGAAACUCUCUGAUGCUUCCUUGGGCAAGUUUGACAACAACGAGUCCCGACUGGCAUUCCUUGAGAUGCAGAAGAGUGCGCAAGAAGCCCGGAACAAGAACCGCUCCAACUUGUGCUUCGGCGAAGAGGUUUCAAGCCCGAAGGGCGCCGGUGGAAAGGACGUGACCAUGGCCGGCAAGCGCGCCAGUGCUCAGAAGCUCUCCGAUGCCUCCCUGGGGAUGUUCGAUGCCGACCAGUCGCAGAUGGCCUACCUUGACAUGCAGAACACCGCAGCGGAAAUGCGGAACAAGAACCGCGUGGGGCAAGGUAUUUUCUGAGACGGAUGGAAGAACGGAAGGAAGGGCCACUGCCUGCUGUAUCCAUUGCUUCUUGAAUUGUCCUGGUCAUCUAGAAUGUAUUAUAUAUAUAUAGUUACUUGUUUUG